AUGGAUGAUGAAUCCUUAUACGAGGCAUGGGAAAGAUUCAAGGAGUUACUUCAUAAAUUCCCUCACCACGUGAUUCUACAUUUCAUCCAAUUGGAGACAUUUUAUAGUGGUCUUAAGGCACACACAAGGUUGGUGGUAGAUACUUUUGCAAAUGGUGCUCUUUUGUCGAAGUCUUAUAACGAGGCUUAUGAGAUCAUCGAGAGAAUAGCCAGUAACAAUUACCAGUGUCUGACAAAUCGAGUAGCUUUAGAAAGACAAGUAGUCGGAGUGCAUGAAGUAGAUGCCCUUCCUUCACUCUUAACUCAGGGUAGUUACUUUACGAAUGGUAAUACUUUGGAACCCAAGGAAGCUAUGGUUGAAGAUGAACCUAUUGAGAAGGAGGAAAAUCAACCAAUAGUUGAAAUUCCUACACCAAAAGAGCCAAAACUUACAAAGUUUUAUGAGGCCUUAGAACAAAUGCCUAACUAUGUCAAGUUCAUGAAAGAUAUUCUAUCAAAGAAGAGGACACCAAGUGAGUUUGAGACUAUAGCCUUAACGAAAGAGUGCAGUGAGUUCUUACAGAACAAGCUGCCUCUAAAAAUAAAGGACCCUAGAAGCUUACUAUACCCUGUAAUAUUGGAGAAUCUUACUGUGGUAAAGCUUUAUGUGACCUUGGAGCAAACAUCAACUUGA